UUGGAGCAUCGGAGGCAGGGCUGCGCCGGGAAGGGAGCGCUGGAGCGCGCGCAGGCUCCGACGGGGCGUGCUGGGCGGGGGGCCGGCCAGCUGGCCUUCCCUCCUCCUUGCGCCUCGGGGACUCCGGGCUCCGCUGGGGGUGGCGCUCCCGCGUCCCGACCCUGCCUGCCCGGGCGCCGCUGCCUGUCACUUCCCCUUCCUUGCGCCGCCCGCCUGCGAUCCAGCUCCGGGUCAGAGCGCGGCGCCUCCCGGCCCUCGGUCUCCACCGGGCCGCGGCGAGUGCUCCUGCCAUGGGCUGGCCGCGGCGGGGAGCCUGAGCGGGUGCAGCCGGUUGUUUGAUGCACACAAUCUAUACACAGGAGACAAUUUCUCUCAGGUACUGAAUACCCUUGCAGCUAUAAACAAGGCUACUGAAGAUUGGAGGUCCACCAGGCCAUGUUUACGUCUGUCACCUCCUAGUUCAGCUGCAAGUGACUGCCAGCCCUUGAUGCAAGCAACUUCUCCUAAAUCACCAAAAGCACUGCACAGGCAGUCAAGAGUGGCGGAGAUGACUGAAAAUGGCAGUCACCAGCUGGUGGUCAAGGCCCGGUUCCACUUUAAGCAGACGAACGAGGAUGAGCUGUCAAUCAACAAAGGCGAUAUCAUUUAUGUCACCCGGGUCGAGGAAGGGGGCUGGUGGGAAGGAACCCUUAACGGGAAGACAGGCUGGUUCCCAAGUAACUACGUCAGAGAAGUUAAAUCUUCUGAUAAACCACUCUCUCCUAAAGCUGCGAAAGGAGCUGAAAGCCCUCAAUUUACAAAGAAUUACUAUGCUGUGGUACUUCAAAAUAUUCUGGAUACAGAGCAAGACUACGCCAAGGAAUUGCAGACACUUCUCGGAACAUACCUGAGGCCUCUCCAGUGCUAUGAUAAGCUGAGUGCCAUGGAUAUUGCGUCUUUACUUGGAAAUGUGGAGGAAAUCUGCGCCUUUCAGCAAACGCUCAACCAGGCACUGGAAGAAUGUGCUAAGCUUCCAGAGCAUCAGCAAAAAGUGGGAAACUGCUUCAUGAGCCUGAUGGCCCAGUUCAGAUCUCUGUACCUCACCUACUGCGCUAACCAUCCUUCUGCAGUUAAUGUCUUGACCCAGCACAGUGAUGAACUGGAAAAGUUCAUGGAGAUUCAAGGGGCAGCCUGCCCAGGGAUACUGACGUUAACCACGAGCCUCAGCAAACCGUUCACAAGACUAGAUAAAUAUGUCUCCCUUCUGCAAGAACUCGAGCGGCACAUGGAGGAAGUGCAUCCGGACCACGAAGACGUCUUGAGAGCUGUCACGUCCUUCAAGUCUCUUGUGUCCCAGUGUCAGGAGAUGAGGAAGAGGAAACAGCUUGAGCUCCAGAUCCUGUCAGAGGCCAUCCAGGGAUGGGAAGGCGAAGACAUAAGAUCAAUGGGCAACGUCAUUUAUAUGUCACAAGUCUUGGUCCAGUAUGGAGGCAAUGAGGAGAAAGAAGAGAGGUACCUCAUGUUGUUUUCCAGUGUCCUGCUGGUGCUCUCCGCAAGUCCUCGGAUGAGCGGGUUUAUGUAUCAAGGAAAGCUCCCUUUAAUAGGAAUGAUGGUGACAAAAUUGGAAGAUGCAGAAGGGAGCGAACAUGCAUUUGAAAUUUCAGGGGGCCUGGUCGACCGGAUCACAAUGCACUGCAGCAGCAGCCAGGAUCUGCAUGACUGGCUCGAUCAUUUGCAAAGGCUGACCAGAGGGACGGCUUCUAGCGGCAGCCUGUCCAAGACGCACUCCUGGGGCUCUCAUUCCACUUUCAGCUCUACCGGACAGGUUCGCGGCCCGCUGGAGCCACCCAAAAUUCUUAAGCCCUGGACCUUAAGUUGCCUCCGGCCUGCACCUCCUCUCAGGCCGUCGGUGGCGCUCAGCUACAAAGAGCGGAUGUCUUACAUCUUAAAGGAUUCCACCAAGAGUCCAAAGACAAUGAAGAAGUUUCUUCCAAAAAGAAAAACGGAGAGGAAACCUUCUGAUGAGGAAUUCGUCAUUAGAAAGAGUACCGCUGCCUUGGAAGAAGAUGCCCAGAUCCUUAAAGUGAUUGAGGCCUACUGCACAGGCGCAAGCUUCCAGCAAACCCUCAGUUCAGGUUCCCGUAAAGAUUCCAUCCCCCAGGUCCUGCUUCCAGAAGAAGAGAAAAUCAUCUUCGAGGAAAUGCGAAGCAACGGGCAGACCAUCACAGAGGAGAAGAGCCUGGUGGACACGGUCUAUGCACUGAAGGAUGAGGUCAAGGAACUUAAGCAGGAGAAUAAAAGGAUGAAACAAUGUUUGGAAGAAGAGCUGAAGUCAAGGAAAGAUUUAGAGAAAUUAGUUCGGCGGUUACUGAAGCAAACGGAUGACUGUGUUAGGGAAGAGGCGGGACGGAGAUCUUCAAUCCUCGCUUGAUUGCUUAACGCCACCAUGACAAGAGCUGUUUGCAACGCCACGUCAGUUACAAACAAGAAAGGAAAGGCAAUGCCUCUGCUGAUAUCUGUGCCCCCCUCCAUUCGAGAAGUCAGUUUUGCAACCCAGCAGUAGCUGACAAGCGAUUGCUUGUAAAAACAGCCAUCCUUCAGCCUUCAACUCCUGGUACCUCGUUGCACCUUUUUCUAGGAAUAUGGACUUUGCAACCGACCAGUUGCCACUCAGAGUGAAGAUUGCCAGG